AGAUAUUACUCUACUGCGUGUGUGUGUGUGAGUCUCCUGUGUUUGUGUGAUGAUGUUUGAGGAGAAUAACGAGGGUUGUGGAGUGAAGUGGCAAUAAGUUGGCACCAACGCUGCUGCUUGCAGAUUGGGACGUCAAAGGGAUGCCACGAAUCACGAAUGCCUUGGCCGCGUGUCGGUUUGCGAUCGACUGGAACGGUGAAUGGGGAAAUGGGAAGGGGGCAAAUAUAGAUUGGAAUGGAUGAAAUAGAGCCAGAAGCGACGAGCGUGUCUUGCAAAGCGAAGAGCAUAAGAACGUUAAAAAAAAGGUGGACACGCAGUAUUUAAUCGAGUGUGGCACACUGAUAACGUUCGAAAGAGAAUUGGGUAUGCCUUUAUUAGAACGAAGCGGUUUGUUGUGCGCUGCGAUGUACUAUGAUUGAUAGUAGUGUUUGGUGUGUUGCGCUGUAGUACAAAACAUCCCCCCAGAACGACGCGUACUGUUACACGAUGUAGAACAUGCCGUUCCAACGUAAGCUAGACUACCGUUACUUUCAUUAAGCGACCAAGAAUCGAUAACGCACGACGCUUCUAUCGUGAAAUGUUUUUGGCUGGCAAUGCCGGCAAUGUGAGACAGGAAAAACACAGCCCCUCGAUAGCACGUUUUGCACGUGAGUCAAAGCUUGCAGGCAUAGUAAAAGGUAGGACAAAACCUACUUCUGAUACGGAAACCCGCAGAGGAUGCAGUAGAUCCACCGCGUGCUUGUGCCCGAUGAAAUUGUUUACCCGUCUGUUUGGAGCUACGGUCGCGCACGCCCUUUCCGAUAAAAAAGCAGCUUACUUAAGCCGCAAACGCACGCCGCGGCACGUUUCAGUAGACAGUUCAAAUGUGUCCAGCAUGGGUCAUACGGUAGCGGCGGUCGCGAUGGUGCGAUCAUACGCUGCAGUACUGUUUGUGACCGUGGUGCUGCUUUUGGACGUUAUUCCGGCUGUGGAGCCGUCGGUCAACUCGGUGGAACGUGUGGCCACCGUCGAGCUGCUGCCGAACGAUUUGAUCCAGGUGGACCGGGAGCAGGAAGAAACGAUUGCCACACCGGUACAGGUGAUCGAGAAGCAUGUGGCGAAAACGUGGCAAACGAUCGUGAGGCAGAUGCUGGCUGAUACGCGCACAGGGAUGAAGCACAAGCGUACACUCGGCGCACAGCCGAAUACUCUAGUGGAAGCUGUACGUCUUUUAAUGAUGCUGUUGCCUUUCAUUCAAGCAGGACUGAUUCCGCUUCCUGUAUCAAGCUUGCCAGUUCAGCCCGGUGCCCUACCGGUACCAGAUAUGGCUGGCGUUAUGAAUAACCCGUUAGCAGUAGCUACAGGUGCCGCAUCAAUGGGUACUGCAGUGGUACCGCCAGUAGCUGCCAGCAAUCCUUACACUGGCACAGCGUCCUUCCCGGGUGGUUCCAGUUUGUCACACACUCCCAACAUGCAAGAUAUGGCCACCGGAGGGGUUGCUGUGUAUCCGGUUGGUAGUCCUGGCUAUUCACAAAGUGGUUCUCCUUUGCCAGGUUUUGGAAGUGCCCCUCCACCGUCCGGCUCUGUUAUAUCGGGACCUUCAAUGAUGCCUGGCUCUGGUUCUAUGUUACCUGGAGGCACUAACAUGAGGCCGGGACAUGCUGCUGUAGGUAAUGUUGCUACAGUAGGUUAGCACGUCCUUCUAGUCUCUCUUAGAAGGUUGAUGUUAGUGUAAAAAGUGUUAUUUUCCGUAGGUCUUCAUUAAUAUUUGCAACCUGUUUUCGUUAGUAAACAGGUUUGGCAAAUUGGACCAAAAUGUUAAUAAAAUAAAGUAGGAAGUUAUAAAUGUUGAA